CUCACCGUGCAGAGCUCGACGCGCACAGGCACAACAGAUGGUACAGUACUACAGACCGCAGGAGCGCAAGAAUUUCACGUACAAGUACUUUUAUUUCGCUUAAACUUCACAGGAACGUUUAGUAUAAUAGGAGUAAGAGGGGUUCGCCGAGGACAAAGUCACUGGAUCCUACGUUUAGAGGCGGAAUUUGGUGUCAAGGUCAGGAGUGGCCAUGCCAUUUGGCUGUUUAACAAUCGGGGAAAAGAAGGAUUAUAACAAUCCUUCAGAUGUGACAGAUAAAUAUGACCUGGGUCAGAUUGUUAAAUCGGAGGAGUUCUGUGAGAUAUUUAGAGCCAAGGACAAAACUACGAUGAAAAUGUACACAUGUAAAAAGUUCCUAAAGAAGGAUGGAAGGAAAGUCCGCAAGGCUGCGAAAAAUGAGAUCCUCAUCUUAAAGAUGGUGAAGCAUCCCAAUAUUCUCCAACUGGUGGACGUCUUCGAGACCAAAAAAGAAUACUUCCUCUUUCUUGAACUUGCAACAGGCAGAGAGGUGUUUGACUGGAUCCUGGAUCAAGGCUACUACUCAGAGCGAGACACCAGUAACGUGGUGCGCCAGGUGUUGGAGGCUGUCGCCUACCUCCACUCCCUGGGUAUUGUUCACAGAAACCUCAAGUUGGAGAACUUGGUCUACUACAACCGGCUGAAGCACUCGAAAAUAGUCAUCAGUGACUUCCAUCUUGCCAAGCUGGAGAAUGGACUAAUCAAAGACCCCUGUGGGACACCAGAGUACCUGGCUCCUGAGGUGGUUGGCAGACAGCGAUACGGUAGACCUGUGGACUGCUGGGCUACAGGUGUCAUCAUGUACAUACUGCUGUCAGGCAACCCUCCUUUCUACGAUGAAACCGAUGAUGAUGAUUAUGAAAACCACGACAAGAACCUGUUUCGAAAGAUCCUGGCAGGCGAUUAUGAGUUUGACUCUCCGUACUGGGAUGACAUCUCAGAUUCAGCUAAGAGUCUGGUUGCUCGUCUGAUGGAGGUGGAUCAAGACCAGAGACUGACAGCCCAGGAGGCUAUAAACCAUGAAUGGAUCUCUGGUGGUGCAGCUUCAGAUAAGAACAUCAAGGAAAAUGUGUGUGCACAAAUAGAGAAGAACUUUGCCAGAGCUAAAUGGAAGAAAGCAGUGCGGGUCACCACCAUCAUGAAGAGACUGAGAGCACCUGAGCAGAGCGACUCGAAGGCAACCAGCCCUGCAGCCGGCGCCCCAGCUGACCCCGGAGCACCCCAGGCUGCCGCUGACCCCUCCGCGCCUUCAACUGGUGCAGCACCCGAGGGAGUCCCUGCUGUGGCCACAGAGCUCCCUGCAGGAGUGGAGAUAAGCCAACCAGCGCCAGAGGCUUCAGCCACGGUGGCAGCCCCAGUCGCUGAGCCACAGCAGCAGAACCCGGCGCCGCAGGAGGCCGAGCCCACAUCGCGUUGUAACGGAGAAGCCUCCACUGCUCACCACGCAUCUGCCGAGGCUGGGGGCGAGCAGGGUUAGACUCCCCUCCCCCCCUGCCCUGCUCCUCCCUGUGUGACCUCUGCAGUCCCCACCAACUCCUGCACACUGUACAUUAGCUGCUAGCAUGGUGACACUGACUCUGCUUCUCUCUCUCACUUGCAGCAUUAGCAUCAUCUCAUGGAGGCUGUGUGCUACCUUUCCUGAGUGCUGCAUUGCGUUGGCUUUCUCUUUACAUGUAUUUGUGUCUUUUUUUCACUGACCCUCUGGUGUUUUAUGUCAGAUUAUAUAAACCAAGUCUGUCUCCGCACAUUCAGGUUUUAGGGGCAAAAACAGAUUUGCUGUCAAGCUGUGGCUUACAGCUAAAGUCUUCUUUCUGAUUCUUCUCAGAGUGAUAAGAUAAUAUAGGAGGACGUAAUUGUGCUGAAAACGGCUUUGAUUCCUUUUUAAUGAGCCAACUUGGGAAACUUCUCUCUGCCAGUCUUAAAAUUAUGGUAUUUGUUCUCAGAAUCAGUAGAAAAGUUUUGCUUUUCCCUAAAUUUUGACAUUGUACCAUAGUACUCGGUAAGUGCUAGCCCUAACAUAUAUUUCUCUCACAUGGGAAAUAUGUUUUUCCCUCCUAUCUGUUAUUGUCUACACUAAUCAGUUAUUGUGUGUUAAACAAUGCUGAGAUUGGUGACUGGGGGUUUUUAUGCCCGGUACUGUAUUUUGAACUAGGCAGCUUCACACAUAAGCACACACACAAACACUAUGUUCCUUUGCUAACUUCCUGCUCAGGAAAGAACCUCAUAGCUGUAAGUGUAAAGAUUCUGUAUAUAGAGACCUUUGUAGAAGUAGCCAAAACAGCAUGCAUUCUCACUUUUUGCUGUUCAUUUUACAUUCACAGUCCACUUGGUGGAUAAAGAUGCGCUAUACUCGUCUUAUCGUAGGCCACAGCCCUCUCGCCUCUUGCCACAAGCCAUGCCGAGGCUAAUGUUCUUUUCAAAAGCAUACUAUACGUUAUGCUGUCAAUUACUCAGUUAGUGCCCCUGCUGUCAGUGUAAGUUAUAUGAAAAGAAAAUGUAAACAAACAAACAACAACAACAACAAAAACAGUCAUUACAUAGCAGUUCUAUGCAUCCAAAUUACUUUGUAGCUUUUCUUUUUUAGAAACAUCACAGCAUUCUUCAUGACAUCAUCUUUAUCCAUCACGUGAUGGUUGUUUAGUUAUGUUUUUGCUAGAUGUCAGUUUACUUGUCUCUUCUUUGAUUUAAUUACAUCCUUUGUGUUAGGAUGCUGACUCAAAUGCCACACAUGUCUUAAUAUUUAGUUGGAACUAUAAAACAAAAUGUGCAUUAACAGACCACAUGCGGCUUUCAAGGGAAGACAAGCAUCAUUUUGAUUUGUCUGUGGUUUCUAGGGUCAUCUUUGCCAACUCAGCUUUGUUGACCUGUAUUGUACUGACAAAAAAAUGUAUGAGGCAUAUGUUUUGCAUUUCAGAACUUAUUUAUUUGUUUGUUUAUUUGUUUAUUUAUUUAUUUAGGUAUAUUUUUUAUUUCCAUAGAUUUUUCAUCUUAUACUUGAUAAACAAUAAUAAUAAAUUAUCCUUUCCAGUCCUUUCCAGUCUUUCCGGUCCCCUCGAGCAUUAAUAAUGAGGUACAGAAGGAGUUCUUUGUAAUCAUUUUAGAGGAAAUUGAGCAAUAUUCGACUGGCUGCAGAAACUGUGAUUCCUGGUGUCUUUUUGAUAGAGUCCAUGUACCUGUUAGUAGAAGUCUAUAGUCCUUGCCAGCUGUUAGACCCACCAGGUCCACUUAACUAACACGUGGCUGCUGUCAGACAAGUGUGUGUGUGCGCGCGUGUGUGUGUGUAUUACUCCUCUGGCCUGUGAGUCCCAACAUUAUUUGCUGUGCGCGUACACACACACACACACACACACACACACACACACAACACACACACACACACACACACACACACACACAAACACACAUACACACGACACACACACACACACACACACACACACAGACUUAAUCAUGGGUUUUUAUUCCCUGGUCACAUAAGGACAGCAGCAUCAUUGUCAAUACAAUUAUUAGAUAAUAUAAUUAAAGUGUAACAUGUCAUGGCUCGUGCUUGGCCACUUUGUCUGACUCUACCCAAUCUGUUGUCAAGAGUAUUUACUGUGCACACCUGUGAAUUUAUAUGAAAAUGUGCAUUUCAGAUAAAACGGGGAGAAAGCUGAUCGCAUUUAUUAUUUGUAGAAUCUCAAGUUUGACUUUGUUGUUGCAGAGUCUUUCAUUUUGUAAAUGUAUCUCCUUUUAAUUUUUUUGGUAAAGUAGAUUGGUUUAUACACACCAGUCAUUCAGAUUAUACCAGUAUAUGAUUUCUUACAUCACUGAAGAUAAAUAUUUAGAUUUUAACAAGAGGCUUAAUGAGAAGAAGAGAUUUUUAUGUGAAUAGAUUAUUUCAUGUAGUACGUUCUCUUUGUUUAGAUGGCAAAUAAAUACUGUUUAAAUACUGUUACACAGUUUAAAGCAAUGCUUUUUUCCAAUACAUUUCUCACUGUAUUUAGUAUUCCACGUCUGUUCAUUUUACCACGCACUUACAGGUGUAUUUGUAGAUGUGAUGUUUGCCAGGGCCAGUGGUCACCUGUAGGUCCUGUCUUGCAUUUGUGAGCUCUGUACCGUACUCCUUGACUGAGUUGAUGACUUUGAUGGUAAUAAAAAUUAAUUCAUCUGUUUAUUCA